GUUUCAAAAUGCAACAUCUAGUUUGUAACAGAGAGGCUUCUUCACUCCUGUUUCGCCACCACAGUUAAAAAUUCACUUCUGUUGUAAUUUUCUGGUGUAAAACAGCUUCUUUUUUUGUACUUCAAAAGAAGAGAAAGAGAAAAUGGCAUGAAAAAACAGACACAUUUUCCACUCUAAGGUUAAAGAUGUAGGUUGUGGAGAUAGGUUAGCAAAUUGAGUUUGAACUGAGGCUAAUUUAGUUAUCUACAUUAAAACCAUGAUAAUUAAUGUAAAUUAUAUAUUGACACCUUGAAAGAGAAAUGCAAAAACAAGGAAGUAGUGACUCAGUGUUACAGUUGAUGUUGCGGUUCUCACAUCAACAUGGCUGUUUCUCUGACUUUUCUUCUUAUUUUCACUCUGAUAACAGGAACUGACGGUGCUCUUACAGUGAUACCAGCAAAGGCUGGAGCUUCGGUCACUAUCCCCUGUCUUUAUGAGUCCAAAUACAGAAAUCAUGUUAAAUAUUUAUGUAAAGGAUAUUAUUGGAAUUCCUGCUCAUAUGCAAUCAAAACAGACUCACAACAAGGAUCAGGGAAGUAUUCAAUCUCUGAUGACAAAAUUCAGACAAUCUUCAAUGUGACUAUGAAACACCUUACAGUUGAAAACACCCAUUACUGGUGUGCUGUGGAGAUUAAUAGAGGAAGUGAUGUCCGACAAUACUUUCAGCUGUCGGUCACUACAGGUACACCCAGUCUAUAUGUGGAUAAUCAGGAGGUGACAGGAUUUAUUGGAGAAGACGUGACCAUAAGCUGUCACUACAGAACCUCUAAAGAAAGGAAAUGGUGUAGACUGGGCAGAAAUUGUGUGACAGGUGUGUCUGGAUCAAUUGAUGGAACAACAGUAAACAUCAACACCAAAGAGAAGUCUGUAUUCAAUGUGACUAUGAAAGGACUGAUGCCAAAGAGCAGUGGUUGGUAUUACUGUGACAACGGAAACUUUCAGAUGCCAGUUCACCUGACAGUGACUGCUAAACCCACUACUGCACCAACUACAGUCACAACAGCUGGAGAAAUGACAACAGAAGGGCAAGUGCAGACGACUAAAGGAGAAAAGUCAGAAGUGUCAUCUUUCCCUGUCCCAUUGAGCCUCAUCAUCCCUCUGAGUUUGCUGAUCUUUAUAGUUGCUGUUGCCUUAUUAUUCCUGUUCAUAUUGAGAAUCAAGCAUGCCAAAGCUCAGGAUUCAACCCCCUCAAAAUUGAAUGAAGGGGAGAUGACAUAUUCAGAAGUCACUUUCAGGAAAAACAAGGCUCUUCAGUCAUCAGCUGCUGAAAGUGAUGCGGGUGUGAUCUUCAGCUCUGCUGUUCCCGUAAAUAAACAGGGUGUGAAAAGGACUGAUGCAAAAGAUGAGGAUGUCACAUACAGCACAGUCCUUCAUCACAGGUGAAAUAUUUAAAUCUAUCCAGUUUUUUUCUCUCUUGUUACGUGACUAAGUUUUCUCUGUUUAUUGCCUCUCUGUGAAUAUGUAAAAUGAUACUCAUUGUUUGUGAUUAUUUUGAAAAUGCAUUUGACCAUACAUUUUUUCUUGUUUUUUGUCUGUUUUUUUAUAAGCAUUUGACUGAUUUGUAAAUAACUUAAACUUCUUUAUCAGCAAAAUACUGUGUAUGAGCAACACUUAAAAAUGGGAUAAUAUUAGCAUAUUGUCAGUAUUUGUUAGUUAUUUUGACACAAUACGUAUUUUUCUUUUGACUGGUUGUGAUGUUAACAUUUUUGAGCUACUCAGCCAGGGUCACAACUUAAAUCUAAUAAAAAAUCUGUGGAGAAAGCUCAAGAUUGAGGGCUUGGAGCUCAUCAUAUACUGUAAAACCAAUCCUCAAAAUAUUGCAGAAGAUGGAUGGUCAAAAUUACCAGUAGAAACAUGCAAAUAGCUUUUCUGCAAUUAUAAGAAGAGGCCUAUUUCUGGAAUGCUAAUAAAGAUUUACAGUGAUUAAUAAGAAUUACAUUUUUUAUAUAACCUUUUUUAUAAAAAGACUAAAAAUAAACUAAUGUUUUUGCUUUCUGUACAACUUUUAUCCUUUGAGAGCUGUCAAUCUCAUUUCCUAUCUAAAAUAAACUUCUUGGUUGAAUGAAAAUAAUCUUAAGUCUAAAUCUGUUUGGGGUAGCUAUGAAUGUUUUUGAGCUUCAUUAUUGCAGAUCUUAGAGUGUAUGACGUGAAAUGCCACAAAUCGUUGCUCAAAAUCAUACAAUUGUUGUAUUUCUGCAUAGGAUGUAUAAAUGUUUAAUAGUUAUUCAUAAACCCAGCAUGACAAUAAUACCACUCACUCUUGUGCACAAAGUCAGCAACUAAACGCAGAGUUUAACUUCUGCUGACAAAAAAGACCAAAAUAAAUAUGCUGAUUCGGCGCUAUGUUUGAGGUUUCCCAAAUUCCACUUUUGUGGUUGUAUAUUUUUAGAUGUCUGUAACCAGGCGUGAGACAGACUUACAGUUGCUCUCUGAGGCCAAGUCACAGACAGUAAGACAUCACUGCAUGCUAGACCACAACAAAAUGAAUUGCCCUCACCAUUCCCUUAUUGGGAAUUACACUAAGUUUUUCCUUUAACUUUUUAAGACCUGAAAAUGUUGGUCCAUACAUUUGCUUUUAGACAUCUGAAUAAAGAUUGUCUUCAAACAUAAAUGUAUGAUCAGUUGUAAACCUCAUUUAGAGAUCUGUCAGGAGAAAGAAAAUGAUAUGUUUGAACAGAAACUGACAAUUUUUAGGUAUCAAAAAGCUUAUGUUUAGACAAAAAGUGUGUUUGAUUAUCCCUAAUUCACAAUAUCAAAAACUUAUAGUAGGUAAGGCUGUACAAUAGAUCCUGGAUAUAUUGUAAUCACAAUAUCAGUGUGUGCAAAAUUCAUAUCACAAAGGACUGCUAGCAGCACAAUAACUGUUGUCAAAUCUAGUACAAGUGUUAUAACUUUGCAUUUUACAUGCUGAUGUAUUUAACCAGCUGGACAGAGUCUCAUGACAGCAAAUGCUCACACUGGACACAAAUGACGUUGGCCAAUAUGAUAAAAGUGUAGGAAGCACAGAUGUCAAAAAGAAGAAAGAAGAAAAUAGCCCUGUUUCAGGAAGAAUGGCCGUUCUACCCUGAGUAGAAGGCAGUUACUCUGAGUAGUUCUACCUCACAGUCAUAUUCAGCAUUUUUGGUUUCAGAACUGGUGAUAUGAAUCAGGUAAAUAAACUCAGCGCCAUACGGACCCUGAGUUAAGUGCGAGACAGAGCAUGAAAAAAGCCCUCAUCAAUAGAACGCAGAUUACACGAAGUGCAUAUUUUCUGCUGUUGCUGCAGAAAAAGCAAGUUAGUGGCAGAGAAUUUCUGAACAGGUAAAUGCAUGAGUGAUGUGUUACUUGAUGGAGAAUUGAAGCUGUAUUUUCAUACUGCACUCAUCCAUCACCCCAAAAAAAAGGGGAGAGGGCACAUUUAUUGUGUGUCUAGGUGCAACACAGCAGGCAUUAAAAGGAUGAAGAUGAAGAAUGGAAAUACAGUUUAAUCAGGUAAUA